AAAUGAGAACUUAGUUAACGUUCAACUGCGGAUACACAAUGUUCGGCAGCGGAAGAAAUCCAGCAAUUUGCACACUUUUAUUGGUGUCACUAUCAUAUUGGCAAACUAUAGAAACUGCCGCUGUCGCCACACCCGCAGAGCAAGCUGACAUACUAUAUCCGCCCCAAUUUACCACCAAUCGAAUUGUGGGUGGCGAGGAGGCCCCUGAAGAUUUGGCCCCCUAUCAAGUUUCGCUACAGUCUUUAAAGGGCCGACAUUUCUGUGGCGGUGCCAUUAUUGACAAACGUUGGAUUAUUACUGCCUCGCAUUGUGUGGCCGGCAAUAAGCCCGAGAAACUAAAGAUCUUGACGGGCACCCAAAAUCUGCAAAAUAACACUGAGAAAUAUUACUAUGUGGAUCGCAUUGAAAUGCACUGCAGUUACAAUAGUCCGGCCUAUGCCAAUGAUAUAGCUUUGCUGCAUCUCAAUGACACCAUUGAGUUUGACAAUCACACCCAGGCUGUGGAAUACGAUCAUGAGCCGUUGAAGGAAGAUGAUGAAUUGGUGCUUACCGGUUGGGGUACUCUGUCGUUGGGCGGUGAAGUUCCCACUAAAUUGCAAACUUUAAAAGUGAAAUAUGUGCCAUUUAAGGAAUGUCGUGCUGCUCAUGACAACACCACUUGGGUGGAUGUGGGUCAUUUGUGUACAUUUAAUGACAAGGGCAAGGGUGCCUGUCAUGGUGACAGUGGUGGUCCUUUGGUUCACAAUGGCAAACUGGUAGCUUUGGUGAAUUGGGGCCGUCCUUGUGCCAAGGGUUUGCCAGAUGCUCAUGCUAGAAUUUCAUAUUAUCAUGAUUUCAUACGUACUCACCUGAAGAACUGUGGUAAGGAGGAGGAGGAGGAAGAAAAGGAAGAGGAAAAGGAGGAGGAAAAAGAGAAGGAACCAGAAAAAGAAAACGAAAAGGAGAAAGAGAAAGAGAAGGAAAAAGAGAAUUAAUUAUAGGAUUAUAUACAUACAUGCAUUUAUGUUGUAAUAAAACUAUUUAAGUAAAAGAA